UUGAUCCCAGCAUCAGGCAGCAGAUCUGCUCUCUCUACAGGGUCACCACUUUCCCACAUUCACACAGAGCUCUGUGAGCUUCUCUCCAUCACCCCCCCAGUCCUCCACCUGUUCCCCUGAGAUCUAACCAUUGUCCCCCAGGCCAUCACACACUUCAACAUACUGCUGCUCCACAUGCCUGAUUGUCUCACCAGGCUCUGUGAUUGGCUGAGACUGUGAGAAACUCCAGUCAGACCAAGACCCACACAUUCAUAUGCAGAUGUGGGACUAUAAAUAGGAGGGAUGAAGCCAGCACAGAGCAGAUUCUCUCUGCAGAGACCUCUACAGCACAGAGAUCCACCCAUGGCACCUACUAUCACUGCAGCAAUGACCAAUUCUCAGGAGCAUCUGACUCUGAACCACAAGCUCAGAAAGCCUCUGGUGGAGAAGUUACGCAGGGAGCGAAUCAACAGCAGCAUUGAGCAGCUCAAGUCUCUGCUGGCUCCAGAGUUCCUCAAACAGCAGCCAGACUCCAAGCUGGAGAAAGCAGACAUCCUGGAGAUGACAGUUUGUGUCCUGCAACGACUGCAGCAUCAACAGCAGAGAAGACUGAUGAAGAACUUCAGCAAGCUGCAGUCUUCCUCUGAGAAACACCUGACAGAUGCUGACUUCUCUCUUCUGAGCUCCACAGUCCACAUCAGCAUCACCAAAGACAAGAGUCCAGUCAGCAGCGCCCCCUGGAGGCCGUGGUAGACACCUCCAGCCUGGAGUCUCUCCUGGAAAAAGUCAGUUGUGAAACAAAGAUGACUGGACUGAACUCUUUGAAAUCUGAUGGACUUGUUCUUCUGUAUGUACAGAAGCUUGUAUUUUGUGUGUGUUUUUCUCUGUCCAAGAUGACAUUUCCUGAGGAAAUGACAGCAACAAUAUCUUUCAAGUUAAGAAAGAGAACAUCUUGUCAUGCAUGUUGCAUGAACCAAAUCUGAUUGCAUCAGCAAUUCUUAUUAUACCUCAGUGUACUUCAUGUAUUGGUGGUACCUGCUAUGGUAACAUUUGCUAUCUUUUGAUUGUUAUUGAUGGUUGUGAUCAACAACUUUAACUGUCUUUUUAUGGACCUUUGGUCACUAUGGCAUUUCUCUUAUUUAAAUGUCACUGAUUGGUCAGAACUGAUCUGUUGUAAGAUCCAAAUGUUUAUCUUUUUUUGAAUGAUGUUCUUAUGUCACAAUUUUCCUGUGAUACUUUUAUACUUUUAUGAUCAUUUUGAUCUAAAAUCUUUAUUGUCCUUUUUAAGGCUAUUUUGUCCUCAUGGACUUCUCCUCACAUUAUGUGAUUAUUGAACUUUGAUCUGUUUUUAGAUCAAUAUGUUUCUCCUUUUACUUUAAAAGGUCUGUUUAAUGUCACACUGUCACAGUUUUCCAGUGACAAUGUCAUUUCUACAUGUUGAGAAUGAGCUGAAUUCAGUGCUUAUUAAGAACAAUGUGACCUGAUUUCAGGUCAGUUUAACUAUUUUUCCUUCUGUUCACUGUGUGCAAAUGUUUUGCUAUGUUUUCUAAUCAAAAAGUGCUGUGUCCUCAAAUGUUGUAAAUGCUUUGUCUUUUAUAAAGACAGCUGUUCCUUUACUCUGUCAGAGUACAGUGUGUCUUGUAGAAAUCUACAAGUUGUUGUUGUGAUGUACCAUCACCUCUAGUUGGAGCUGACU